GCUCGUCGGUUCCUCCACUCCUCCUACAGACCGAGGCAUGGCGAGCACGAAGGCCAGAAGGGAGUGUGAGACGGAGGGCUGCAGCAAGGACGCCAAACUUCAGUGUCCCACAUGUAUCAAGCUCGGUAUUCAAGGCUCCUAUUUCUGUUCACAGGAAUGUUUCAAAGGGAGCUGGGCAUCUCAUAAGCUGCUACAUAAAAAAGCAAAAGAAGACAAGCACCAGAAUGAAUCUAAGAACUGUGUAGAGGAAGAGGUCAACACAGACCCAUGGCCGGGUUAUCGUUACACAGGAAAGCUACACCCUCACUACCCACUUACUCCCAUGAGGCCUGUUCCAGGUGACAUCCAAAGACCUGACUACGCUGAUCAUCCCAGAGGCAUGUCUGAGUCCGAGCAGUUCCUGAAGGGCACGUCGCAGAUCAAGAUCCUCUCUCCCGAGGACAUCGAAGGCAUGAGAGUGGUGUGCAAGCUGGCGCGAGAAGUCCUGGACAUCGCAGCCAUGAUGGUGAAACCAGGGGUGACCACAGAAGAAAUAGACCACGCUGUGCAUCUGGCCUGCAUAGCAAGAAACUGUUACCCCUCACCCCUCAACUACUACAACUUCCCCAAAUCCUGCUGCACGUCGGUCAAUGAAGUCAUCUGCCACGGCAUCCCGGACAGGAGACCCCUGCAGGAAGGAGAUAUCCUCAACGUGGACAUCACCGUCUACCACAACGGUUUUCAUGGUGACCUCAAUGAAACCUUCUUUGUCGGGGAGGUGGAAGAAGGAGCAAAGAAGCUGGUUCAGACUACGUAUGAAUGCCUUAUGCAAGCCAUCGACUCUGUGAAACCCGGCGUCCGCUACAGAGAGCUGGGUAACGUCAUCCAGAAGCACGCUCAGGCCAGCGGCUUCUCUGUGGUGAGAAGUUACUGCGGUCACGGCAUCCACAGACUCUUCCACACCGCUCCCAACGUGCCGCAUUACGCCAAAAACAAAGCAGUUGGAGUCAUGAAGCCUGGUCACGUGUUCACCAUCGAGCCCAUGAUAUGUGAAGGUGGCUGGCAAGACGAGACGUGGCCCGACGGCUGGACGGCAGUGACCCGAGACGGGAAGCGGUCGGCUCAGUUCGAACACACCCUGCUGGUGACAGAGACCGGCUGCGAGAUUCUCACCCGCCGCCUGGAGGAGAACGGACGCGCUCACUUCCUGAGCCAGAUGUAGGCUGGACCGGAGCGCCAUGAACUGGACUUCUCCAGGGGAAAAAAAAAACAAAACAAAACAAAAUAAUAAUAAUAAAAAACAACACUCACGCAUAAUUCAAUUCAGACAGAACCACUCUGAGAACUCAUUGUGAACGCAGCUCUGAUGGUUCUUCGAGGUUCACACUGGUUCCUCAACAUACAUGGGAGUACUUGAAUGUGUCUUAUAUAAGGUGUUGAUUGCUUUAUUAGUAAAAUCUUUAUCCUCUGGAGGAAAUACAAGAAUAUUUAUGAGAUUUGGUUUUGUUUAAUAAUCAGGCCCAGCUCCCUUCACUUUCCUGUCAGCCUCUGCUCACCUGGUGGUUUCAGAGACCGGCAGAAAAGAAUUAGUAACAGUAAAAAAAUAAUGAAGUGUUUCAGGAAGCGGGAUCUACAAAAUUCACUAUUUAGUUUUGUGUAAAAAACAAACAAAAAAUGCUAAAAUCGGGUUUAAAAUGAACAUAUUCAAGGUGACAGAACAGAAGCAGAGCUUCAAAUCAUGGUUUUGCUUUCUGGUUGAAAUAAAAAAGGACCAGCAGCAUCACCGCAUGUUUAGGUUGAGUUCACCUGUUGUAACGAGCCCAUGAUGUGCUUUUAUCAGCACACAUCAGUGAUGUCAGAGAACUGGUGUAAAGUUCUGAACGUGUCGAUCCCUCGGCUGUCCCAUGUUUCCUACAGCUCCAGUGUAGCAGACUGAGCCAAAACACGUGACCCGUGGAACUAAAACGUGGGUUAUCUGAAGCGUCACCGUGCUCUGCCAUCGCCCCGGUUUCAGAAAUGUUCUCACUGUUUCAGCAUUUUUAGGAGGACUGAUGUGAUCAUGGUUUCUCUGUUUCUCUUUGUACUUCUUCUAAUGCAGUAAUAAAUGACUGUUCAGUA